UACAUCACCGUUGACGAGGAGGCGGGCAGGGCGCUGUUUUACGUGUUUGUGCAGAGCACCAGCCGGCCCAGGACCGACCCGCUGGUGCUCUGGCUCAACGGCGGCCCCGGCUGCUCCUCGCUGGGUGGUGGCUUCCUGGCUGAGCUGGGGCCCUUCUACCCCACCCCUGGCGGCAAGCAGCUCAUCCCAAACCAAUUUGCCUGGAACAGCGUGGCUAAUGUGCUGUACCUGGAGAGCCCAGCCAUGGUGGGGUUCUCCUACUCCAAUACCUCAGCAGACGCCCGUGUGGGCGACCGGCGCACCGCCGCCGACUCCCGAGAGUUCCUGCUCCGCUGGUUCGACCGCUUCCCUCAGUACCGCUCCCACAAGUUCUGGCUGUCUGGCGAGAGCUACGCGGGCCACUACGUGCCCGACCUGGCUGAUGAGAUCCUGCGGGGCAACCGGCGCCUGUGCCGGCACGGGCCGGCAGGCAAUGCAUGGAGCGACGCCACCAUGGACAAUCGGGCUGCCGUUGAUUUCUGGUGGAGCCACGGAGUGACGAGCGGGGAGGCCACCAAUGGCAUGGCAUCCACCUGCGACUUCAGCAAAGUGGGGCCGCUGCUGGCUGAGGAGGUGAGGAGGCAGGGCGGGGUGGACCCACCGCCACCCGCUGCCGCUGCGCUCCCCCAGCCUGGGCUGAGCAGGCAACGCGGUGACUGGUCCUGA